CUCUCUUCACCUGUCGCGCCUCGUUGUAGCUUGGGAGUCCGUGGUCUCUCCCCCGCUGCACGGCGUCCACAGGGAGCUUGAAAAGCGGGAACCCGUUCGAGACCGCCGUGGUAAAGUGUGAGUCGGCCGCCAUCACCGGCGACAGCACGGCGCCUCGUGACACGCCUGCAACCUGGAACACCGGAACAGCGAGUUGGUAGAAGCGUUCGAUCGAUGCAGCUCGGGUACCAAAUACGGCAAGCGUCAACAACACAAACUGUCGCCGCACCCUCGCCUGGCGCGAUCUCGACGCAGCAGCGGUUGUGUUCCCGGAGCAGCACGACGUGCAGGGCGAAGGUCACCGGGAAGCGGGCCGUCGCUCGUCGGCGAUCUGGUGUUUGCCACGGUCGAUGAAUGCCACCGCGUAGUUCAUGGGGCUCCUGGUCUCCACACUGUUGGCGUCAUCAUCGUCUGGCAGACCCGCGUUCGCCCUGGAGAAGGAGAUGGGAUCCGAGCUGACCCCUAGGGGGCACCAGAUGUCUAUUCUCUCCGCCCCGUCGCCUGAACAUGAGGCGAUGUCGAAGGGUUCGGAGGAGUUGUCGACGGUCACAGACAGGUCGUAAGUCAGCAGCCACCCCCACGCGACGAAGAGGGAACUCUCUGUGGAUGCAACUGGUGGCGAGGCUAGAAACACGUCGGUCAUCACCUCCCUAGAGAAUGCGAAAGUUCAGCGAAAACGAGAAAUAACAUCGUGGGUGCGGGCGACGAUCAGCAAGACCCUAAACGGCCCCAGCCAAAGGUUUUGGAUUGUUGCCACAGAGUCAGACAACCCAUUCGGGAAACAAGAUGGGUAAAUACUUUGAUCGUUCAGCGCUAUCCUGGCAUGUCUGG